CGUGCCCCGCUAUGAUCGAGAGACGAGGGAAUAAAUGGCAGUAAAGAACGAGAAAGCUAACGUAAGAGGAGAUCGAGAAGGGGAGGGAGGCGGACUCAUUAAAGAGCUCAGUUUCGUUAUUCUUCCAUCGGAGAGAGUGGCGACAAAGGAGGAGCAGAAGAUGCAGUUUUGCGAGAAGAACACGGAGGGGGCUGUCGCUAGGAGCAGAGGAGCUUGAAAAGGUCGAAUUUUUCUGAAGCUUCACGUACCUCCGAGUGUCGUCCCUUCUCGUCCCCUGCUGCUGCCGCUUCUCGAUCACCGGUCGAACAUUGACGGAGUGUUGAUUUGCUAUGGUCGUUCGAGAACGAGUAAUGAAAGCGAGCAUGCGGUGAUUUGGGACUUUCCGGGCCCUUCCCGUCGCCUCUCGCCUCCACUGGUCCAAGAACAGAGCACCUGCUCUGAUCUCCUCCUCCUUUCCUCUUUUUCUUCUCUCUCUUCCCCCUACUUCUUGUUUCUUGAGAGAAAAAGAUUGGAUCUUUAAUACAUUGGAAGGUUGGGGACAGCGACAGUUCAUAGAACAGUAGUGUAAAACGGCGGGGAAACGAUGAGCGCGAGCUGGCGAGGCCGCUCCAACCUCCAAAGCUUCCUCGAAUCCACGACUCCUUCGGUGCCGCCCCACAAACUCCCAAAGUCAUGGUGUCGAGAUCUGAGCAAUCUUUGGCAACUGGACGGGAAGGACAGCGUGGAGUUCUUCAACCUUGGAGACCUGUGGGAGCAGUACUACGAGUGGAGCGCCUACGGUGCCGGUGUGCCGGUCAGCCUGCACAGUGGAGAGAUGGCAGUCCAAUACUAUGUGCCAUACCUUUCCGGUGUUCAGAUAUACACUAACAAAGCUCCUGCUGCUCCCAGUGAGCACGAGUACAAGAAGCUGGCCAGUUCAGAUGCUGCAUCCGAGUGCUUAGAAGACGCAAGGAGAACCAGAGAGCGGAUUGGGCACAUGUACUUUGAGUUCUUCGAGAGCUCUUCUCCUUAUGGAAGGAUUCCACUACUGAACAAGGUGCUUGAAUUGGCUCAGUCCUACCCAGGAUUGACAUCUUUCAAGAGCACAGAGCUCUCUCCUGCUAGUUGGAUGUCUGUGGCCUGGUAUCCUAUUUAUCAUAUCCCAACCAGACGAAGCGUGAAGGAUCUGUCCGUGUGCUUCUUGACUUACCACACAUUGUCCUCUUUGUUUCAAGAUCAGAUUCAUGAGAGCUUGACAAAUGAUCUGACCUCGUUCAGAGACGGGAAGAAGAAUGGAAUGAAACCCGAAGAGAAGUGCGACCGCAUCUCUCUUCCUCCAUUUGGUCUGGCCACUUACAAGCUUCAAGGGAGCCUGUGGACGAUGGCUGGCACAGGAGAUCAUGAGAGAAUCACCUCCCUCCUCGGUGCUGCAAAGUCAUGGCUGCAGCAGCUUGAAGUCCAGCACCAUGAUUUCACCUAUUUCACGACACACUUCGUAUGAACAACACCAUUGGUCAAACACUGCCUCGGUCUGCCGUAGUAACUUGUCGUGUUAAUAUGUUGAGGAUAACUACAAUGAAGAGAACCUUCUUAGGGUGACCGGAGAUCAUAACAAAGAAAUCUCAAGACUUUAUGAUCC